UCGUCCCCCUUGCUUCCUGACCAUGUUCGAACUUUGGUUUUGGCUCUUUUUCCGAGAUGACACUGCUAGUUUCAGUCGGCGCUGGAAGAACACAGGAGCCCGUUUUGCCGCGCUGGCUGUCACAUUACUGGCGUGAAUGAGAAUGUAUAUGCGCUCGUUCAUGCCUGGUUUAUGGAGCUAAACACCGCGGAGACUUGACUUGAUUUUUUUUCUUUCUUUUCUUUUUCUUUCUUUUUUCUUUUCUUUUCUUUUUUUUUCUAAAAAAAAAAAACGGACUAAAGGGCGGACAGUGAAAUCACAAAAUCCAUGUUUUCACUGAGAUUGGAGGAAAAAGACAGGGCACAGCCGUGAUUUUCGGCAUGCUUUGGCGUUUACCGGAAUCAGCACGAUGACACCUCAUACUGGUACUGCACUUGAGUGAGCUGGGGCAUCCUCUCCCAGGAAAAAUGCAUAUCUGGAUCCUAAAAAUAAUACUUCUGAUUGCAUCAUCUCUGAGGCUGGUUGAGAUGUAUGACAAUUAUGGGGAGAUCUGCCGAAACCUGUGCACGUGCGAGGAGAAGGAAGGGAUCCUGACGGUGAGCUGUGAGAACCGGGGGAUCAUCAGGCUGACGGAGAUCAGCCCAGUCCAGUACUCCAUGUACCAUCUCCUGCUCACAGGGAACCUCCUGAAGAAGCUGUCACUCAAUGAUUUCAUCAAUUACACCGGGGUGACCAUCUUGCACUUGGGGAACAAUGAUAUCUCAGAGAUAGAGUCGGGUGCCUUUAAUGGACUCCAGGGAUUAAAAAGGUUGCACCUGAAUAACAACAAGAUAGAAGUUCUGAGAGAUGACACAUUUGCAGGACUAGAGAGCUUGGAAUAUCUUCAGAUUGAUUAUAAUUACAUCACAAACAUAGAGCCCAAUGCCUUGAGCAAACUACACCAACUAACAGUGAUGAUUCUGAAUGACAACCUGCUCUCUGCCCUUCCUCCGAACAUCUUCCGGAAUGUUCCCCUUACGCACUUGGACCUGAGAGGGAACCGCUUAAAAAUGUUCCCCUACAUUGGCCUUCUGGAGCACAUGGACAAAGUUGUGGAAUUACAACUGGAGGAGAAUCCGUGGAAUUGCUCCUGCGAGCUCAUCGCUCUGAAGGCUUGGCUGGAGAGUAUAGCCUACACGGCUCUGGUGGGAGAGGUGGUGUGUGAGACGCCUUUCAGGCUCCAUGGAAGGGACCUGGAUGAGGUGUCAAAGCAGGAACUCUGCCCACGAAGACCCCUAGAAGACACAGUGAGGCCCGCACCACCUAGCAGCACUAAUGGAUACUACCAGACCACACCAGCUGCUGUCACAGCCUCAGCCACUUCCUCAGCUGUUCUUAGGUCCUCUUCUAGGCCUACCAAGGGCACACGACAAUUUAACAGAACUAGGUUAAAGCCCACCUCUCGAAUACCAGGCGGCAACCCAUACAACUACGGCCCCAUCAUUGCUUUUCAGACCAAGUCUCCUGUGCCUUUGGACUGCCCCACUGCCUGCACAUGCAAUCUGCAGAUAUCUGAAAUUGGGUUAAAUGUCAACUGCCAAGAGAGAAAGAUUGAAAGCAUUUCUGACCUAAAACCCAAGCCAUACAAUCCUAAAAAAAUGUAUCUCACUGGAAAUUACAUCCCCGUCGUGCGGAGAUCAGAUUUUGUUGACGCCACUGGAUUGGAUUUGCUUCACCUGGGAAACAACAGGAUAACUCUGAUCCACGACCGGGCUUUUGGGGAUUUAACCAACCUGCGUAGGCUGUAUUUGAAUGGUAAUCUCAUGGACAGGCUUACGGGAGAAAUGUUUUUUGGUUUGCAGAACUUGCAGUAUCUUUAUUUAGAGUACAACAAAAUCAAGGAGGUCGAUGCGGGCACUUUCCGCUACCUCCCUAAUCUGCAGCUGCUUUUCCUUAACAAUAACCUCCUGAAAACUUUACCUGUGGGCAUCUUUUCCAGCCUCUCCUUGUCUAGGCUUAAUCUGCGUAACAACCAUUUCCAAAAUCUCCCUGUGAGUGGUGUUUUGGAUCAGCUCAAGCUGCUGGUGCAGAUAGAUCUGUUUGAGAACCCCUGGGACUGCUCCUGCGACAUAGUGGGGAUGAAGAUAUGGCUGGAGCAGCUCAGUGCAGGCACCGUGGUUAAUGAGGUCGUGUGUGAGACGCCAAAACGCCACGCAGGAAUGGACCUGCGUUCUGUCCCAUCGGAGCAGCUGUGCCCAGACUACUCUGAGGCGUAUGUGUCGCCGACUCCGCCUACAGAGGAACCCAUGGACGAACACGUUGUCACCACAGGUGCUCCGCAGAGGUUCAACACCCCCAGCAGCACCGUCCCCCUCUCUGUCCUCAUCCUCAGCCUCCUGCUUGUUUUCAUCAUGUCUGUCUUUGUGGCUGCGGGGCUUUUUGUUGUGGUCAUGAAAAAGCGUAAAAAGUCACAGAGCGACCGCACUAGCACCAACAAUUCCGAUGUCAGCUCUUUUAACCUGCAGUACAGCCUCUACAGCAACCGCUCUGGCCCUAAAGUUAAGGCCCCAGCGGGUCAUGUAUAUGAAUAUAUUCCCCAUCCAAUGGGCCAUAUGUGCAAAAAUCCCAUUUACAGGUCAAGGGAGGGAAACACAGUGGAGGAUUACCGUGACCUCCAUGAGCUCAAGGUCACAUACAGGAGUGCCCCGGAUGAGGAGAGGGAUAGUAGUACAAUGAGGAGCCCUGCAUACAGUGUUAGCACCAUCGAGCCACGUGAAAACCCUUCCCCUGUCCAGGAUGCAGACCAUUUCUUCAGAGGCAUCCUUGAACCUGAUAAGCAGUCGCCCCACCAGUCCAUCCCGUCAAUCCCAGCAGGGGCCAAUUUAGAGUACAAGUAUACGGGGCCCGUGUCAUACACGUACAACCCAAAUUUUGAUGUCAGACGUCAGUUCUUGCACCCGGAGAGGAUAAGAGAAACAGUGCUCUAUGGCACAGCACCCAGUACUGUUUAUGUCGAGCCCAACAGGAAUGAAUAUUUGGAGCUAAAAGCUAAACUGCAGUCUGAGCCCGAUUACCUCGAAGUUCUUGAGAAACAGACCACCUUUAGCCAGUUCUGAGCAACAGAGUCAUUAAUGUAAUGAAGCAUUUCUCUCUCUUGACCCUCCUUGAAACAGUGGCUCAGUUUCUAGGGUGCCUUGGCACAAAUACAAACAAGCAAAAGAGAAAGAGUUGAAACGGGGUGUGCCGAACAAUCUUAUUCUUAUUUCAGAAACAUGACGUUACAGGAAUGGAUACAGCUUUCUCAAGACGUGGAUGAACAAAAUUGCUUAACUGAUAAUGCAAAAUCUAUUUUUCUAUGGUGAAGAUCGAAUAACACAAUAAAAUGUAAGUGUACAGGUAAAUCUUACCCAACUUCAUUUUCAGGAAUAUAACCAUACAUAAGGUAUAUUGUGAAUCAGAAAAAGAAAUGUUUAUAAAAAUCACUCCUGGACAAAAAAAAAAACAAACAAACAAAAAAAAAAUACACACUGUACAGCAGAUCAUCAAAACUGUGUAGGACUGUUUUCUGCUGUAGUCUGUAAGUAAGUAUUUAUUGAUAUAAUCUGCCAUGUCUUUUCAAAACUUUUGAUUCUUCAUCAAUAUUACCUGUGUCAUCAUACUCCAUCAUCCUCUGGAACAGGCUUAUGUUUCUAGUUUCAUUUACUGUAGCUCUGCAUUGUAAAAGUGGCUUUCCUUUUUUUUUUUUUUCUUUCUCUCUCUCUCUCUCCCGCUCUUCUUUUCUUUUGUUUUUCUGAAAGUGGCACACCCCCAGUGUUCAAAACAGACUGCGUCAUUUGAAGAAGAUGAAAAAAAGAAAAAAAAAAAAGAAAAAAGAAAAAAAAAGAAGUGUCUUUGUAUGCUUUAUGCACUUUUUGGAAAUGGAAGGCAAGUUAGCCUUCGAUGAGCUCUCAUAAAGGAGAUUAUUAUAUUAAAAAUGAAUAUGGCUAUUCAUUCUUAAUAUGUAGAGUUGAUAUGCUAUCAAAACAAACAUUCAUAAAUGAUAUUUGAAUAUUAAUUAUGUUGUGUAAUACUGGUAUUUUAAUCAAUGUAACACCUAUUUUUAUACGAGCAUUGGCAGAUUCUCUAUUGAUUAUGGGUUUCUUUUGUUUUGAUUGCUUUGCACUUAUUGCACUAUAUUGACCAAACUAUGUUAUUGU